AUGGAGACAAACAGCAGUCACGGAAAGAAUCCUGUGAAAGCCGGUGGAGAAUCUGUCCACCAUGCUGAGCUUGGGGUGGAUUCAAAAGAACUUCGUGGACGAGCCAUUCAGCAACAGGAGCAUAACCGGGGAUACUUGGAAACACUGCGAAAAGAUCCUUGGCUGCUCUUCUGGAUUGGCGUCAUGCUUUGGACACUCAUUGUUCGGGGAUUCGAGAACCAGUCGUCCGGCUCCGUCAUCAGCAUUCCAGACUUCAAAGAAAGAUUCGGAAGCCUUCAACACGGCGAAUACUUUAUCGAAACAAAAUGGCAAUCAGCCCUGAGCGGCGGAUCCAACGCAGCCUCCAUUGUUGGAUCAUGGGCUGCCUCGUACUUUGCCGACAAAUACGGAACAAAGCCUGUUACUCUUGCCGCUGCCGCAAUCAACAUCGCGUCAGUCGCUAUUGAAUUCUGCACCACAUCUAUCGGAAUGUUCUUUGGGGGCAAGAUGUUAAACUUUGUUGCUAUUGGAGCCUUUCUCAAUCUUUGCACUGCGUAUGUUGCAGACCUUUCCCCUCUCGCCAUUCGAUCGUCAGUUAUCGGCUUCUGCAACCUAUCGCAAUGUAUCGGGCCAUUUAUAUCAGCCAUCAUGUCUUACUACACGUCACAAUGGGAAAAUGCUUGGUCCUGGAAGUCUCUGAUAUGCGCGCAGUGGGGAUUCGCUGCUAUUGCCUUGAUCGGACAAAUCUUGAUGCCCGAGUCUCCUGUUUACUUCGUCCGGAGAGGAAAGCUGCCUGAGGCCCGCAAAGCCCUCAGCCGACUAUAUUCUGAUCCGAACGAUGCCGAAGGCCACCUGGAGAGGAUCAAGUUGACUUUGGAGGAAGCUGAGUCCCAACAAAAUGCCUCCUACGCUGAGUGCUUUCGAGGAACUAAUCUACGACGAACCCUGAUCGCUAUCAUGGUCUUCCAGUCUGAGCCUAUGUCCGGAUUAGGAUUCGUGUCGAACUACGGGGCAUUGAUGUAUCAAUACCUAGGCAUAGGCGAUCGACAAUCGUUCCUCAUCCAAAUUGGAGCCCAGAUCCUAUCGAUUUCGGGUGCAAUCAUAUCCUUCCUUAUAAGCGAUUUGAUCGGGCGACGACCGAUGUACCUUGGCGGCUGUAUUGGACUCACAAUGUUACUCUUCUGCAUGGGAAUUGCUGGUUCCAUCGACACAUCGGCCGCUACGAGGGCAGCAGUCGGCUUCUACACGAUGUACAACUUCUUCUACAAUGCCGGUGUCGGUUCCAACGUCUAUACCAUCGCCGGCGAAGUGCCCACUUCGAUUCUUCGCACCAAGACUCUUGCUAUAGCACUUUCGUUGUCUGCGGCGAUUAAUACAAUGUGGUCCUUCAUCGCUCCAUAUAUGUUCAAUCCGGGUUAUGGCAAUCUCAAGGCUAAGAUUGGGUUUGUGUAUGGCGCGUUCAUGUUGAUUUUCGCGGUGAUGGCUUGGUUCUUUGUUCCAGAGACUCGACUUCGCACUUACGAAGAACUUGAUGAACUGUUCAUGAAUCAAGUCGCCACGCGAGAAUUCCGCCACUACGUGACAGUGGCAGAGCGGCGGGCGACGGAGGCCUUUACAGCUACUGAGAAGCUGGGAGAAAUUGGUCAUGCCUGA